CAAAACAGUUAGACAAAGCUUUGUUACUUAAACCUUUAAACCCAGGACUAUCUGACACUGAUCCAGAUUUGUGACUCAGCUUAAUACCCAACACUGUGUGUUUGUGACAAGUUAACCAGGUAGCCCUAAGCUGCUGUUUAGAUUGUUGCACGAAAAAAAGUGUCUCAAGGUGGGUGUUGAAUUGAGAUACUGCACCGCGAGAAUAGGCUACUAUUCCCAAUUUAAAGUCAUGCCACCGGAUCUCCCAUUCAGGACAAACGAAAAGUAAUUACCCCAUGAAGCAUGUAUAGAAAAGAUUAGAAAUCCAGCAGAUUGCAACGAAGAAAGGACGUCAAGAUGGCUGACAAAGUGGGCUACUUUUGUAACUUUAAGACCGUGUAGAUGUGUGGCCGUGCUGGUGUGGUCAGCCUUGAUAAAUAUUCAUUAGGGCUCAGUUCUUGCAGCGAGCAGAGGCAGAUUCUCUCUUUCCGUAAAGGCCGUAAGAAUGGUGCUAGGACAGAGAACCGGUGCCACAAUGUACUUUGUGAGCUUAGUUAUUGUAUUGAUUGUGGAUUUAAUGUGCUCAUUGCCACAGUGUAAGAGAUACUGUUACAAAAAAUAAUAUUCAAAAUUAUCACAGGUGGUGUGCAUUUUACAAACUAAUUGUGUUGAUGAAUAUUUACAAACAAUGAUCCAGGAACAAUUGCGCUGUACGUCCCUUUGCAUGAAAAGUACGUUUUUCAUAUUUUUCGUUCUGAUGUCCGUGUUGUUCUUGGGAUACAGUGGAUUUUUGUAUGAACAGAAUGUCUCCCCGUUUAGCCUUUUAAUGAAAUGGGGACAUAACGUCUCUAUAGUUCAUGAGAAAUAUUAUAAUGACACAUUGUAUAAUGACACAAAGUAUGCGAUUCAAAUCAUGGCCAAGAGUGAUUCGAGUAAUGUAACUCAGUCUUUGGUCUGCCUAGGGCCAUCUUCCUUGGACAAGACAAGGUUAAGGUCGGAGCUAAAGGACAUGGGAUUCGAACCUGCUGAAGAUCAUGAGUUUAAAUCUCAAUACAUCAUCACGCCCAAAGUGUGUCUGCCUCCAAGCUCUGUGCCGGACUACGUUACCAAGGGCAACACAAGGACUAAGGUGAUAUCCUGUUUCAACUGUCCUGCAUGGUUCAAUGACUCCAAACUGAACCACCAUAAUCGAGAUUUCCGCUCUUGUGAGUACAGUAACUGUCAUUUUGACGUCACCGGGAAGUUUCAAUCUACGGCAGAUGUCUUGGUCUUCUUUGUUGGAUACUUAGGAAAUACUCCAGUACCGAGUCGGCCUGUUGGACAAAUUUGGGUCAAGGCAUUCUGGGAGUCCCCUGUACAUUACACAUACCCAGUUCCCUACGAUCGCUGGAAGAAUGUCUUCAACUGGACAUUUACCUACAGAACGGACUCUGAUAUAUUCGCGCCUUCUACAUUAUUAGCCUGGCGUCACCACAGCCUUUUGUUGACAGAUGCUCAAUAUUUAGAGCUGGCGCGAAACAAAACCAAAAUGGCGGCUUGGUUUGUAAGUAACUGUGACACUCCUAGUCAAAGGGAGCAGUACGUUCAAGUGCUGCAGAAGUACAUUGAAGUGGAUAUCUAUGGAAAGUGUGGCAAUCUAAGUUGCCCUCGCUCAGCCGGAAGUGAUUGUGAGUCUUUGCUUGGCAAGUCUUAUAAGUUCUACCUCAGCUUCGAGAACUCCCUCUGCCUUGACUACGUCACGGAAAAAGUUUUCCAACGAUUGGCCACCAGAAGUCACGUGAUACCCGUCGUCCGAGGAGGAUUUAAUUAUACCAAAUAUUUGCCUUCGGGCUGGUUUGUAAACGCAGCGGAUUUUCCGAACGCAAGAGAAUUGGCUGUUUAUUUGAAAGGUCUAGGGAACGACCCCCAGAAAUACGCCGCUAUGCUUAAAGAAAAAGACAAACUGGUCACUUUGGGCUAUAAGAACGACUACUGCGACUUUUGUGAAAAACUUCACACGGACCAACGGACUAAAAUAAUCUCAGACAUAAAAGAGUGGUCCCACAAAGCCACGUGCUAUAGCCCGAUAGACGUCACGUGAUGAAUUUUUAAAUGUUUCCCACUAACUAUAUGAAACUAGUGCACUGCUAAUGUCCUAGUAACACUUGGUAAAAUAAAAGUGGACGCCAGAUAUACGAGACUCUAUGCCAGCUCUAAUAAUUAAUACUAGAACCAUGCUUCAUCUUGCCCUUGGGAGACAACAUUCAUGUUAUGACACAAACUCAGUGGCGGCCCCCAGUGGCGUGAUUGGGACCGCACCAUGAACUCUUUUAAUUAAGGAUAUUAGGUAGGCUAUCUGGAAGUCAAAAUGGUCAAAUUACUUUGCUUAUGAUAAAAUUAUUGCCGCCAGCCUUGAUGUAGACUUGAGGAAUGGAUGAAAAUGGAUUUUAAUUGUGUGUUAUGUAUCUUUAUACGGUUUGAUAUGUGUACGCCGUCUCGCUCUAACGAUAGAAAAGAUAUUUGGGUUUCCUUAAAUAAAAAACGAAUCAAAACAUUGGGUUGUCGAUAAGUGAUUUACUCAUGGAUGUAGUACUAUAGUCAUUGUUAAUUGUCUCUGCUCACCGCGCUUAUGGUGCCACUGUUCAACACUUAGUGAUAGUCAGAUUGUUGAGAUGAGUUCUGAAAGACGACAUGCGCCCCAAGGUGCGUGUUAAAGACAGAUCUAUGUGUGUCCGAUAUUUCGAUGUUGGUCUCUAUUGGCCUUGUUCUUUAUUUAAUAUUUCCACUCGAGUCAUUGUUCAAUGCUUUCGUUGAGUGUCUGCCUUAGAUGGGCUACAACACACACACAUAAGACUCAUACAAGUGAUUAGUAUUUUAAUGUUAGUAUUGGUGUUCGCUAAACUAUUGUUACAAAGCUUAUAUAAACUCUGUGUGUCUGAUAAAAAGUUUGUACACGUUAUUUCUCCUUCGGAUCUAUUUGAAAUUCGGCACAAUUAUUUCUAGUACCUGACAAAACAAGAAUCAAUAAACAAAAUUAACCAAUUAGUUAAUUAACUAUUGGUAAUAAUUAUUUUAUUUGGUGUUGAACAAGGAAAAGAAAUAGUACUUGACAGAUGUGUUGGUAUAAGUUGAAUUAGUCCCCUUAAGGAGGUUUAAGCCCUGAGUUGGAACUCAAGUCGUACAACUUUUUAGUCAUUAAUAAAGUGAUCACGGUCACAUUCAUAAAGUGAUCACGGUAACAUUAACACAGAUACCCCCUUCUUUCCCAACUGUUCCAGGUAAGUGAUAGGAUCAUAAUGCAUUGCAAAAACAACUGGUAUAAAUAUUUAUAAUCGCACAGAUUUAUUGUUGUUGGUCUAGAUCUUUUACAAACUAAAUUACAUGGCUGAUCCCAACUAAUUGAUACUGUUACACUUAAUAUAAUUUUUUUUUAAAAUUAUAUAUAUUUUAUGUUUUUCUUGUUUUCCAUUGAAUCAAGUUUGAAAAUAUAAGAAUCUAAACGAAUAAUAUUCAGCACUGUGUUUCUUCAGCAUUGAGAGACAAAUCUGAUCGAUAGUGUGAACAACACGACUGUGUACUAAUACUUGACGGGCUUCCAUUCCAUUAUUAAAGAGGAAAGAAGUA